AUGGGGAGGGAAGGCUUGAAUUCCAGCCAAUCUUUGCAGAGGCCGGGGAUGCUUGCGGGCGCCACGACGCACUCAAAGGUCACCGAAGAUGACCUUGCUCUUGCUUCGCUGGCCUGGGGCUUCACGAUUGGCUUUGGAUGGCUCACCACCUGGACAGCCAUGAAGCAAACAAAACAUAUUUAUAAGAGACGCGGCCUUCUUGUAUUCUGCAGUGCCUAUAUCUGGAUGAUUUGGCUCGAGAUUCUUAUAUGCCUUAUCUUUAGCAUUAUCUGUUGGUUGCACUUGAAAGGCAUAAUUCCCCCGAGGGUCCAAUUUCUCCUCCAAAUUAUUAUUAAUCGUUACGCUAUUCUUCUUACAGAUCCGAUAACAGCAUACCGUCUUCAGGUCGGUGCUGCGGUCUUAAUUACAGCCGUUAAUAUCUCGUGGGACUGUGUCGAGAAGGCGAUCUACCUUCUUGUCGACGGAGCACUUAAUUUCUAUUUUAUUCGCGUUAUUCAACAGAACCUGGUAGCAAAUAGUCUAACCAAAUAUAAGAGUCUGGUCAAGUUCAAUAUAUGUAUCGUCGGAUUCUCCCUCAGUAUGGAUAUGCUUAUUAUCUCUAUAAUGAGCUUGCAUAACACGUUUGUUUACAUGCAGUUUCAUCCCUUCGCCUAUAUAGUCAAGCUUAAGAUCGAGAUGUCAAUGGCAGACUUGAUAGAGAAAAUUGCCAGAUAA